GGGGCGGGGGAUGCGGCACGUUCAUCCCGCAGUGCUCCGCGGCGCUCUGCUCACACCGGCCUUUUGACAGGUGGGAGAGCACCGAGAUGGCGGCGGCCGGCGCUGGCGCAACUCGGCUGCUCCUGCUCUUGCUGAUGGCGGCAGCAGCGCCCAGCCGGGCUCGGGGCAGCAGCUGUCGGGCCGGGGCCGCGACACGGGGGGCCGGGGCAGAAGGCCGAGAAAACGAGGGCUGCGGCACGGUGGGGCUGCUGCUGGAGCACUCAUUUGAGAUUGAUGAUGCCAUGCACUUCAGGAAGCGGGGCUCGCUGCUAUGGAACCAGCAGGAUGGCACCUUGUCCCUGUCCCAGCGGCAGCUCAGUGAGGAGGAGCGGGGCCGUCUCCGGGAUGUGGCAGCCCUGAAUGGCCUCUACCGGGUCCGGGUCCCACGGCGACCCGGGGCCCCUGAGGGCCCAGAAGCUGGCGGCUAUGUCUCCUCCUUUGUCCCUGCGUGCUCCCUGGUGGAGUCACACCUCUCAGACCAGCUGACCCUGCAUGUGGACGUGGUUGGCAAUGUGGUGGGUGUGUCGGUGGUGACACUGCCCGGGGGCUGCCGCGGCUACGAGGUGGAAGACGUGGACCUGGAGCUGUUCAACACCACAGUGCAGCUGCAGCCGCCCACCACUGCUCCAGGCCCUGAGACAGCAGCCUUCAUCGAGCGCCUGGAGAUGGAGCAGGCCCAGAAGGCCAAGAACCCUCAGGAGCAGAAGUCUUUUUUUGCUAAAUAUUGGAUGUACAUCAUCCCCGUCGUGCUGUUCCUCAUGAUGUCAGGAGCGCCGGACACUGGGGGCCAGGGUGGGGGUGGCGGUGGGGGUGGUGGUGGGGGCAGUGGGCGGUGAGGGGCUGGGCUGCCCUGGGUCAACACCGUUGUCCCCUCCCUAGGCCAUGCCCCUCCUGCCCAGAGGUCAUCACAAGGAUUAGCACCCCUCCAUCCCCCCCAUCCUUCUGUGUCAGCCCCUGUUAACCACAGGAGUCACCAGGCCAUUUCGACAAGUCCCUCCUUGGCCUCUGUGUCCCUGUUGGGGACAAGUGGCUCCCUUCGGGGCCCUUCAGUGUUGGCACAUGUCUAUCUGCUGCCCCCUGCCCUCUCUCGCAGCCCCUCUGUACCCCCAUGGGUUCCCUGUGCCCACAGAAUAGAGACCAAGCUCCUACCUUGUGCCCUGUCCCCAUGCCCCACUCCUGAGCCACAGUUUUGGGAACACGCCGAGUUCUCUCCAGCCUUCGUGCCUCUGGUGUGGUGUUCUCCCCUGGGGGCCAUCCUGCCAACAUCACUGGACAGGUGAUCUCACCCAGAUGCUCAGGGCGACCCCUGAUCAGCUGACACUGGAUGGGGCCCCCCCAUCUGUCUUCCCCUGAGGGUAGCGGUCCCCCUACAGAGCUGGUCCUGGCCCAGAGCAGGAGCACAGGGGCGGUGGGGACGGGGUCAUGGACUGACCGUCAAGCUGACCUUGAUCUGCCCGUGGCCAGGAGGCUCUGAGCAGCAGUUUAGGAUCCCUGCCUAUAGGAAGGCUUGAAGAAAUGUUUUAAGUUAAGCGAGAAACAAAAUGUCGAUGGAGUCAAAGGCCAGAUGAUGUACAUAGGAUCCCUUUGGCCUUGAUCUUGAGGCUCUAGAAGGUCUGACCUAGUACAGGGAGUAAGAGGCCAUGCUGGGGCCUUCGUUAUUGACCCCGCCCUUUCUUUUUACCUAUUUAAAAACACAGACAAAACAAUAUAUCAAAAUGUAUAAGAUAAUAUAUUGAAAUGUAUAAACGUUUUGAAAAGCUACAAUUUCUAGCAGCCAAGUGCAACUGUUUCCUUUUUUGGCUGCAAGCCAUGUACAGGCUUACUGGAUUCUGUUUAAUAGAUGAUUCAGAAACCCCAAACAAACAUGGUCCGUGGUCGGCAUCAUCUGUCAUAACGGCCGUAUGAUGGUCUGCUGUGUCCUGUAGCAGCUUAUUAAGCUUUUCCGUAAGUGUUCGACAUGGAGCCUGCUUCCUGGUUUAUGUGCUUAUAAACAGUGCUACAGUGAAUGCUCUCAUGCAGGCUCUCUUUGGUGUGAGUUUGAAUUAUUUCCGUGGGACAAAUGACUAAAAAUGGAAUUACUAUGGCAGAUUAAAAAGUGUUUUAUGAAUAAAUAGUAAA